CACUCACCAUGCCUCCACGACUAAAGCUGCUCCAAACUGGGUACUGCCUCGUCUCAUGCUCUGUGCCCUCCUCCUCAAUCGCCCCCAUCCUGGCCCCGUUCCUCCUCCCGGCCCAGCAGCGCGCCGCCUCCAUCCUCUCCUCGCUCUCCGACAACGCAGGCGCCUACAGCAAAAGGAAGCGGCUCGGACGCGGUCCAGCCUCCGGCAAGGGAAAGACGUCAGGAAGAGGGCAGAAGGGACAGAAAGCUCACGGAAAGGUGCCCGCGGGGUUCAAUGGAGGGCAGACGAAAAUAGAAGUCACGCAGGGUCCGAGGGGGUUUUUGAACCAUUUCUCCGUCGACAUGUCCCCCCUCAACCUCGACCGACUCCAAAACUGGAUCGACCAAGGCCGGCUCGAUCCCUCCAAGCCCAUCACCAUGAAGGAGCUGAACGACUCGCGGUGCUUGCACGGCGUUAAAGACGGCGUCAAGCUGCUCGCCAGGGGCGCCGAGCACCUCAAAACCCCCAUCAACCUCGUCGUCUCCCGCGCCUCGACGGCCGCCAUCGCCGCCAUCGAAGGCGCCGGUGGCACCGUGACAACCCGCUUCUACGCGCCCAACUCGAUCAAGCACGUCCUCAAGGGCCUGAUGGACCCCGUCAACUCAAUCCAAUCGUCACCAGUAGCCGCCGCCGUCGAGGAGGACGAGGCUGCCGUAGCAGCACCGCCGCGCUCUGCCGCGUACCCGUACAGACUCCCCGACCCCACGAGUAGGAAGGAUAUAGAGUACUACCGCGACCCGGCACACCGGGGCUACCUGAGCCAUCUGGUCGGGCAGGGCGAGAGCCCGAGUUUGUUCUUCCGCGUCCCCGCGGCCGCGGGCGCGAGGAAGAAGACGGUGCAGAAGAAGAAGACGAGCGGGGCCGCGGAGAAUCGGAUAUGGUGA